AUGCUCGGGUCCCUCCAUCGGACAUUGGCCCUAUGUGCUGUGCAACUAUUCACCCUGACAGCCUCAAUCCCAGCCCAAAUAGCCCUUGUACACGAUCUGCUCGAUAAAUAUGACAAAAAGGCGAAGCCAGUCUGGGACAAUAAUUCCUCAAUUAACGUCUCAUUUUCGAUGGAUUUGUAUCAGAUUCUCGAAUUGAACGAGCCGCAACAAUUUAUCCUGUUGAAUGCUUGGAUUAUUGAGCGUUGGUACGACGAGUUCCUCUACUGGGACCCGGAUGAAUACGGUAACAUCACCGAAAUCCGAUUGCCCCACGAUUCGAUAUGGAUACCCGACACUACACUUUACAACAGCUUGGUAAUGAAAGAUGACGACACGAGACGUCUUCUAAAUGCAAAAUUGACGACCGAUAAGCGGUUGAAAGCGGCGUGGAUUGAAAUGCUGUACCCGACCAUCUAUAAAUUUUCGUGUCUCCUCAAUUUGAGAUUCUUCCCAUUUGACAACCAGGUUUGCACGAUGACAUUCUCAUCGUGGACGUACGACCAAAAAGGCAUCGAUUAUUUCCCGUACUCGGAACAACUGGGAACGAGUAAUUAUCUGGAAAAUGAGGGAUGGUAUAUCAUGAAUACGAAGAUCGUGAGGAAAGAGGUGAAAUACAGCUGUUGUCCGAACAAGUAUACCCUACUCGAAUUGACGCUGCAUUUACGUCGAAAGCCCCUAUUCUACCUUGUCAACCUGAUCAUCCCUACUUCAAUCAUCACCCUCAUCGCGCUGGUCGGAUUUUUCACUACUUCCUCGGCGUCCGGUAUGCGAGAAGAGAAAGUAUCUCUCGGUAUCACAACCCUUCUCUCGAUGUCCAUCUUGAUGUUGAUGGUUUCUGAUCAAAUGCCUACCACUUCCACGUUUAUUCCACUUAUUGGCUGGUUCAUCCUGAUGAUGAUAAUGGUGAUUUCACUCGGAACGAUCGCCUCUUCAGUCAUUAUUGCCAUUCAGAAGAGAGGCCGACUAGGGGAACGGCUCAGCAAGGGAGCCUUACGAUUCGGAAAAUGCCUCUCGUACCUGACUUGUAUGCCAGUUCCUCAACAUCUACUAAAGGAGGAAAUGAUGACAGAAAUGUUCGACUCGCCAUCCGUUUCUGUGGCACCCAAUGAAGAAAUAGUUGCCUCAACCCCUACAACAACACGACCUGUGCCACCGAAUUCACUCAAUUUGGAUGGGGAUGCUGCAUCUCUUGAUGUAUCGAUCACAAGCGAAGCUCCAUCCUGCCCUCCCUCUGCCAAGACACCAAAGAUGAGGGCAGCGCCGAAUAACCCGUUCCGACAGGAGGUAGCCCAGCACACCCUCCGAAAAUACGCGAUCGCCGAAUACGAGUGGUUGGCCACGGUGAUCGAGCGGCUGUGUUUCGCCAUUUUUGUCACUGCUUUUGCCAUCAUCACAUUCGGGAUCAACUUUAUCGGCUUCAUCCAUUGGUAUGCAAAGGGAAUGGAGGCCAUCGACAAA